AUGGCGGCGGCUCUGAGACCCUCUGGGUGGUGGCAGCGGUGGCGGCGGCGUCUGUCGGCUUGGGAUGGGUCCAGGAUGUUGCUUCUUCUCCUCUUGUUGGGGUCUGGGCAGGGGCCCACGGAGGUCUGGGCGGGUCAGACGUUCGAGUACUUGAAACGGGAGCACUCGCUGUCGAAGCCCUACCAGGGUGUGGGCACAGGCAGUUCUUCACUGUGGAAUCUGAUGGGCAAUGCCAUGGUAAUGACCCAGUAUAUCCGCCUUACUCCUGACAUGCAAAGUAAACAGGGUGCCUUGUGGAACCGGGUGCCAUGUUUCCUGAGAGACUGGGAGUUGCAGGUGCACUUCAAGAUCCAUGGACAAGGGAAGAAGAAUCUACAUGGGGAUGGCCUGGCAAUCUGGUACACGAAGGAUCGAAUGCAGCCAGGGCCUGUGUUUGGAAACAUGGACAAAUUUGUGGGGCUGGGAGUAUUUGUAGACACCUACCCCAAUGAGGAGAAGCAGCAAGAGGCCCAGAAGAGACGAUACUCUCCAGGAGUCCAGCGGGUAUUUCCCUACAUCUCAGCCAUGGUGAACAACGGCUCCCUCAGCUAUGAUCAUGAGCGAGAUGGGCGGCCCACAGAGCUGGGGGGCUGUACGGCCAUUGUCCGCAAUCUUCAUUAUGACACCUUCCUUGUGAUCCGCUAUGUCAAGAGACACUUGACGAUUAUGAUGGAUAUCGAUGGCAAGCAUGAGUGGAGGGACUGCAUUGAGGUGCCUGGGGUCCGCCUGCCCCGGGGCUACUACUUCGGCACCUCCUCCAUCACUGGGGAUCUCUCGGAUAAUCAUGACGUCAUUUCCCUGAAGUUGUUUGAGCUAACAGUGGAGAGGACCCCAGAAGAGGAGAAGCUACAUCGAGACGUGUUCUUGCCCUCGGUGGACAAUAUGAAGUUGCCUGAGAUGACAGCCCCUCUGCCGCCGCUGGGCGGCCUGGCCCUCUUCCUCAUCGUCUUUUUCUCUCUGGUGUUUUCUGUGUUUGCCAUUGUCAUUGGCAUCAUACUCUACAACAAGUGGCAGGAACAGAGCCGGAAGCGCUUCUACUGAGCCCUCCUGCUGCCACCACCUCUGUGACCAACACCCAUGAGGUGUGGAAGAGCAGCUGCUGGCCAGAGCACACCAUCUGGAGAAUCUGCUCUGGCCUCCAGCAGCCAGUCAGGGACUGUGUACUGGAGGUUUGAAUGCAAGGACCCUGUGUUCCCAUGGUCAUCCAUGGGGACAUUAACCUAGUCCAAGAAGCCACACGCCCCAGGACAAUGCUGCUGUGAUGUGCCUUUCCCUGCAGUCCUUCCCCUUGGGAGUGAAGAGGCAUGAAAAGAGUACAUGCUGCUGUGAUGCAGAAUCAGAACAGGACGGGACAGCCCAGCUUGGACUGGACUCAGCAGGCCUUUCUCCACAGGGAAUAGAAAACUGCUAACUCACCUUCUGGACCUGUGUUUCCUGGGUUUUGCUUUUUGCCCAAGCCUAUCAACCUGAGGAGCUUUCCUUGGAAAUCGGGGUGGAAACUUCCCUGGUGCACCCUUCCUCUGUGUCUCCCUCUGUUCAUUGUCCUCUACACGUGCCACCUAAGCUGGAAGAGAUGUUUGGAUUCCUCUGUGUUGGGACUGCGGAGCAAACUUGGCUUUCUGACCCUCAUUAGGUGACCCCAGGGCUUUCUGCUUGGGCUCAUUGCUCUAGCCUUUGUUUUCUCAUGUGGGUCUGGUUUGGUUGGUGUGUUGGUGGCCUCCUUAAUCAGAUCCCUUGAGCCAUUGGUCACAUUUGACAGUGUGCAAGUCAAGGGGAGCCUCAAAGACUUUGUGGACACCAUGAGAUUGACUGUGAACCCGACUGGGUCCAGGGACGACACGGAAAGCAACAUCUAUCGUGUGGUCUGACCAGGUGGAGAUUUUGUAGACUUUCUGGAACCUGUUUAGCUGCAUGUUGUGUGUUUAUCGUGAUGUUUGGAUUCCCGUUUUGAGUGUGGGAAGUAUAAGGAAGCUUUCUUAUUACCUGGGCUUGGAUCCCUCCCAAGGGGGAGUUUGACUUUCCUUAAUGGAGAAGAAUCAGCUGCUUCUCUCAUGUUGCAAAUCUGAGAGCAAAAGACGGUCAUCAUCUGUGCCUGAAGAGUUCAUGGUCAGAGCAGCACAGCCUGAGUGCUGUCCCCUGUGUGUCACCUCUGUUCCACUGCCUUACCUGACAAGGGGGUCACAUGCUGCUCACCUGUUUGCCCUGUGAUUCAGUUGGUUACAGGCCAGUCUCCAUGGAGGCCUAGAACUCCUCUCCUGUGGGCCUCUGUAGCCUGAGGGAAUUCUUAAACAUGGCUGCUGG